CGGGGCUGUAUCACAGUUCAGGUCAAACCCAAGGUCAACAGGAAAGAAAAGUAAAGGAAAACACAACACAACAGUAGCCAUUCCGUUUGAUACUGAAAUAGAGAGAGAGAGAGCAGUGGAAUGGAGUCAGCAGAGGAUAGACCCGGGAAUUUAAUGGAACAACAACCACCACCGGCGUCUAGCGACCUGUCGCCGCAACCGGAACAGCAGCAUCAACAACCGCCGCCAUCUUCGUCACUAUCAUCGUCUGCUCCACCACCUUCUUCCGCUUAUUCCUCCGGGGCAGCACCUCUUCUUUCGCCAGCAGGCCCAGGACAUUCACUCCCUCUUUCUUCAGCGCCAGAAUCUUCGGAGAACUCAACCCUAAUAAGUCCCUCAUCUUCUGCUUCCGUAGCCCCAACUUUGCAGAAUACUCAACCUAGACCAGCUUCAGAGCCGCCAUCCUCCUUCACUACUAACCGGCAACAACCCCCGUCUUUCCAGCACACGACUUACCAAUCUUCUUCUUCUUCUUCUUCUUCCUCACUAACCGUGCCGCAGUCUGGCAGGGGUGGAUUGGUGAUUGGGGUCCCUGCCCACCAGCCAGGCACUUCUCCGCCGCUGACCUCAUUUUCAUCUGUGGCCCACCCUUCUUUUGGGCAGCAAUUCGGCGUGUUGGGUCGUGGAGUGCCCGAUUCUAUGCCUACUUCGAGCUUGGUCCAGGUGCUGAUUGUUUUGUUCAAUUAAAGACAAUUCUUCAUACAAUGCAUAGUGUUAGCUGUCAAUCUGUGCAUAUUGUUUGUUUCUUGUUAUUGUUUUUUCUGAGUGUACCUAUUGUUAUUGUGAGAAAGAGGGUAUGCCUGCCUAUGUUGAUGCAGUACAGUUUUUCUGGGCUUGCAAUCUACAGGAGAGACAGACGGUACAAGGGAUGCAAGGGAUAGGAAUUACUGGGUCGCUUGGUUCUAGUAUGCCAAUGCGUCCAGCUGGGAUUCCUCCUCAGCCAGUGAGAUCUAUUACAACAUCACUCAGACAGCAUACUGUCAUGAAUAGCCAGUCCCCAUCUUCCCAAAGUUUUCAAGGACAGGGAAUGUUGAGAUCUCCAAACCCCUCUAGUACACCUCAAAGUCCACAGACCCAGAAUCAAGCAUGGUCAUCUUCAGGAGUACAGGGUAAGCCUCCUCUGCCACACCCUUCACUGAGGCCUCAACUGAGCUCACAGUUUUUACAGCAACGAUCUCAUAUUCGUCCAAGUCAGCAGCAGCACUUCUCAUCUUCUGCCCAGCAAGCAUCGGCUUUGAACACUAGUCAGUCUCAAGAGAAUAUGGGCCAGGGUCAAUCUUUAAGGAUUCAACAACCCAUUUCUAAUCCACAACCAAAUGCUCCAAGGAGUCAUGGAUUUGGAGUCCAAAGACCUUCAUCAAAUGCAGUGCUGCACUCUGCUCCUGUCCAAUCUGGACCUCUGAAUAACAUUGCCACUACAGAGACUGAGGAGCCCUGUGAUAGGAUUCUGAGCAAGAGAAGCAUCCGAGAGCUGGUGACCCAGAUUGACCCAUCAGAAAAGUUAGAUCCUGAAGUUGAAGACAUCCUUGUGGAUAUUGCAGAAGAAUUUGUGGAAUCCCUUACAACAUUUGGUUGCUCAUUGGCAAAACACCGCAAGUCCUCUACACUGGAAGCGAAGGACAUCCUUCUACAUGCUGAAAGGAACUGGAACAUUUCCCUUCCUGGAUUUUGUGGGGAUGAGAUUAGAACAUACAAGAAACCUCUAACAACUGACAUUCAUAGAGAACGUCUGGCUGCAAUCAAGAGGUCAGCUACAAAGAUAAACAAUCCAAAGAGCUCAUCUGGACAAGGCGGAAAUUCAAAGACUCAAUUUGGAAAAGGUCCUAGCAAUAUUUUGACUUCCCCUAAUGCAAAGACCUGAAACCGCACGAAGCACUGCUCUCUAAUCCUAGUAGCUGUGCUAUCUCUCUUACCGCGUAAGUGCAGGUUGAUGUGAAAGGUCGCUACUAGUUUUGUGACCAAACUGGAUUUUACAUCGUCCCUUGAGUGUUACAAAGAGGAAAAGUUCAGAACAAAGAAAUUGGUGAUCCAUGGGGGAGAUGGUCUAAUGAAAUAUCGUAACUUGAAAUGCGCAAACCUCAAAUGAAGCCAUCAAAAGGCCCAGCCCCUUCUUUGCCAUGGUCCCAUGAUUAGCGAGGAUGACAAUAUUACUCUUGCUUCCAUGGUUAAUUGGAGUUAGAAAGGAUAGUUAAUCUUGUAGAGUGUUUGAUUUAUCAUGUACAUAACUGUAACAUGCUAACAAUUGACAUCUGAUCGGCGUACUGUUAUAUUCAUAUCAUUUUGUGUGAGCAUUUUCCUAUAAGCGUCUAAUGAUUGUAUUUAUUAUUCUUUCCAUCGUACAAAACUUGGUCAUAUCGGCUUUUCUUCGUCAAUGAAGUUUGACC